AAAUAAAACAUAACCUUAAAUGUGUCAUAUGAUUUCCAUUUUUCAUCUUUUCCCAGGGUUUCAAUUUCUAUGAAUUAAGAAUGCCGUUAGGAAAAUUUGGAAAAAUAACUCUAUCGUGGUAAUUAUUUGCAUAAUAAUUACACUUAACCAGUUAUACAUUACCAAUUUUAAAUUUUGUUUGGAUUGGAAUAACAGCCGGGAGUUUAUCGUUAUUCGUUAUUGCAAAAGAUUAUAUAAAUUCGCAGCGCUUGGAGAAUAUGAGAGCGCGUGAUCGGAUGCGAAAAUCGAAUGAAGGCGAAUAUCCUGACGUAUAUCGUAAACUGUAACUGUCGUAAAUUAUUACAAACUAUAUUAUAAAAAACUACUUUUAAGAAAGGUUAAGGUGAUAGAUAAAUAUAAUAUUUAAAAAUGGCAGUACCCCAAUUGGACCCAGCUAAACUGCAACUUGUUCAGGAGUUGGAAAUUGAGAUGAUGUCAGACAUGUACAAUCGGUUGGUUGGUGCAUGUCAACGUAAAUGUAUUCCCAUUAAAUAUCAUGAACCAGAACUUGGAAAAGGCGAAUCGGUGUGUCUUGAUCGCUGCGUCGCUAAAUAUCUUGACGUCCAUGAACGCAUUGGUAAAAAAUUAUCCAACAUGUCUCAAGGCGAGACUGAAGAUCUAACAAAAAUUAACCUACAAGAGAAGAAAUAGUCAUAUUGAAUUACCAUAGACAAUAACUAAUUCGAUUCCUAUUAUAUUGUUAUAGUACUCUGUGGAAUUUAAUCACUUGUUUUGGUAAUGGUAUGUUUUUGACGUUUGACAUUCAAAAUUACGUUAAGGUACAAAAUUGUUUAAACAAAACCUCAUAAUACAGAUACUCAAGAACAGCCAUAGAAAAAUCAUACAUUAUAAGUAAAUCUUGGUUAAUUUUUAUUUCAUAACCAUAAAAUUGAAUAAUAUUUUUUUUUAUUUACCGACCAAAACAUUGAAUAUCAAAUAUCUGUCCAAAAAGAAUACACUUAAACUAACAGAUCUAAGAACAAAUAAAAACCUGAAAAUUAUUCAUAAUUGACAAAUUGAAAAAAGAUUAAUGUAAUUCCUGUUCAUAUUUUUUAACGCUUUGUACUAACGCCCAUCAAUAGUACCUACACCCGAUUUGUUUGCAUUGAAUGUCUACAUGUGCAUUUAGUUAAUUUUAGUGUAAUAGACAUGAUUUUAGAUUAGUUAAAAAUAAAACAAUAUUAUUUAAAA